AGGUAUGGAGUGGGGACUGGAGUUAGAUAGGGUUAUGGUGACUAAAAUGCAUGCAUGCAAAGGAGGGACGUGGGCAAGAAUUGGAUUUGAGCAUGGUGCAAAGAAAACAGAAGAUAUGAAGGCUCGACCUGAGAAAUUUCAGGGAAGUGGAAGCAUCUGGGGACUUUCAGAACGGAAAUCUGCCUGACCUGAGGACAGAACAGGAAGGAAGCAGAUCUUGCCACCAAUGUCAAUGCUGAACUCUGGCUGGCUCCACCAAGAGGACAGUCCCAUCUCCAGGGAGUUAGGUCCUUCGGCCAACUCAGAUGACUCAGGCCACCUGCCAGAAGAGGACCCUGAGGAUACUUCUGCUCAGGACACCAAUCAUGUCCCCAAUUGGCCUGGGCUUCAGACCCUCCUGCAGCAGCUCCCUCCACAGGACAGUGAUGAACGUUACUGCCUGGCCCUUGGGGAGGAUGAACUGGCUGAGUUGCGGCUCUUCUGUGUCCAGCGGAAGCAGAAGGCCCUAGGACAAGGGGUGGCCCACCUGGUAACUCCCCAGCUUGAAGGACACACCUGUGAGAAGUGCAGGGAGCAGCUGAAGCCUGGAGAGUACAGCGUGUUUGCAGCCCCAGCAGGCGAGCAGUGCUGCUGGCAUGGGCCUUGCUUCACUUGCCAGGCCUGUGGCCAGGCCCUGGUAAACCUCAUCUACUUCUACCAUGAAGGGCAUCUCUACUGUGGUCGUCAUCAUGCUGAGUUGCUGCGGCCACGAUGCCCAGCUUGUGACCAGUUGAUCUUCUCCCGGCGCUGCACAGAGGCAGAGGGACGGCGCUGGCACGAGAAUCACUUCUGCUGCCAGGGCUGCGCUGGGCCCCUCCGCGGGGGACAUUAUGCCCUGCCGGGGGGCAGCCCCUACUGCCCCAGUUGCUUUGAGAGCCGCUACUCAGAUGGGGGCUUGAGCCAGGCGGGGACACUGGAAGGACGGACGUCCCUUGGGGAGGGAAGUCCAGACCCAACUGAAAGAAAGGACCACGUCUCGUUAAACGCCGUGUUCACCUCCGGGGCAGAAUUUCCCGCCGCAAUCUCCAGCUCCAGCCUGGAAACCCAGAGUGGGCGGGAGCUAGAACGCCUGGAGACGCCCCAUGAUCCCAAGGAGGACGCGUCCUGCCCAUGUCCCACCUGCUCCUCUUCCUCUGAUUCGGAACCCGAAGGCUUUUUCUUAGGCCAGCGUCUUCCGCGGCUCAGGAAGACCCUCGGAAGCUUCCAGGCAGAGGAUAGCGACACCUCCAGGAAGCAUUGCACCAUUUGCUAGUGGCGCAGCCGAGAUUGGGGGUU